AAAGGGGCAGCGUGGGGUCUCUGCCCCAAGUCACGAUCCCGGAGAAGCGGCGGCAGGGAAGGCUCUUCCCUCGUCGCGGGUAGCUGUUCCUCGCCGGUGAUCACUUGAAGCGUAUUGCUCCCCCAACAGGCAAAACUUUCUAUUCACACACAGAUACACACACUGACGUCUUUUGCGCAUUUCCUGCAUUGGGGAGACAGACACACACCGAGCGAGCGAGCGAGCGAGCUGGGGUAGCGUUCCUCGCCCAGCAUCAGGCAAGCGUAGCCCGUGGCACAAGCCAGACCAGAGGCCUUGGGGAGGGAAGGGCGGGAACCUCGGCACCGGCGUGAGUGUUUUGAAUUGAUCUUUUGAAAGCAGCAAAAAAGAACAACGCUCCUUCCGAGAGCAGGUCGACCGAGAGCAGUUUCUCCCCAUGCAUUGGAUUCGAUCCACUGGAUCCUUGGCCUUGGAGGAGGAGGAGGAGGAGGCGGAGAAGGCGAGGAAGCUCCCGCAGCAGCCGAGGCGGAUGUAAGGUUCCUCGGACUGUGCGAUCCCCCUCCCCUUCAGUCGGAAGGCUGUGAAGUGGGCAGGGCUGCGUGUUAGGUUCGGUGUUCCUGGGUGUUUGGUUUUUUUCCCGACCCCCUUCCCCCUCCUCUCCCCUCCCUCCCCUCCCCUGUUGUUCCUGCCGCCGCCGCCGCACAGGCAAGUCAGCAGCAGAGCGUGAGCGCCGGAUUGUUUUCAGCGGAGGACUGCUCGGGGAUUAUGCUCUGAACAGAGAAAGAAGACGGGGGGGUGGGGAAAUCUUUCUUUAAGAAAAAUAAUAUAUACGUGUAUAUAGAUACAUAUAUACGUGUAUACAUAUUUACGUCCCUAUAUCCCCGCUCCGAGGAUCCUUUGAAUGUGCUGCGAUUGCAUUUCGGAUUUCUGCAAGCGGGAACGAGAUCCCCCUCCCCUUCCCUUCCGCCCCCCUCUUUGUUUUUCCGUUAAAAACACACACAGGCCAAUAUCUCUUAACUAUAUGUGUGUGUGUAUGCAUGUGUAUAUACACAUGUGUGUAUAUAUGUAUGUAUGCCUGUAUGCAUUCACUGGGUGUCGCAAGAGGAAAAACUAGCCAAAGCCACCGAAAGGAGCCCCCUACACCUACCCACCCCCCACUUCACUCAAACCUGCCUUCUUAUUUAUUGAAAGACCUCCUAGAAACCCUCCCGGCUCCGGAGCGUGCUUAAUCCCAAGGAAAAGUGAAGCCCUCUAACCAUGGUGGUUUUUAAUGGCAUGCUGAAAAUUAAAAUCUGCGAAGCGGUGAAUCUCAAACCCACCCCUUGGUCACUAAGGCAUGCGGUGGGUCCCAGGCCACAGACCUUUUUUCUGGACCCGUACAUUGCCCUCAACGUGGACGAUUCCAGGAUCGGGCAGACCUCCACCAAGCAGAAAACCAACAGCCCUGCCUGGAACGAUGAAUUUGUCACUGAUGUUAGCAAUGGCAGGAAGAUUGAAAUGGCCGUUUUCCACGAUGCCCCCAUUGGGUACGACGAUUUUGUGGCUAACUGUACUAUCCAGUUUGAGGACUUGCUGCAGAACGGGAGCCGGCACUUCGAGGAUUGGAUUGAUCUGGAGCCAGAAGGAAGAGUGUACGUCAUCAUAGAUCUUUCAGGCUCUUCAGGUGAAGGGGAAGGAACUUCAGAAGAUAGCAGAUCAGAUUCUGUACAUUGCAGUCCCACUCAAAGAAGAGGAACUUCAAUCAUCUCACCCAAAGACAAUGAAGAAAGAGUGUUUAGGGAACGGAUGCGCCCCAGGAAGCGCCAAGGGGCAGUGCGACGCAGGGUCCAUCAGGUUAAUGGGCACAAGUUUAUGGCCACCUAUCUUAGACAACCAACCUAUUGUUCACACUGCCGAGACUUUAUAUGGGGAGUAAUAGGAAAACAAGGGUACCAAUGUCAAGUUUGUACUUGCGUAGUCCACAAGCGAUGCCAUGAGCUUAUAAUAACAAAGUGCGCCGGCUUGAAGAAGCAGGAAGCCCAUGAUGAGGUGGGCUCCCAGCGUUUCAGUGUCAACAUGCCUCACAAGUUUAGCAUUCACAAUUACAAAGUGCCCACCUUCUGUGACCACUGUGGUUCAUUGCUCUGGGGUCUUCUGAGACAAGGUUUACAAUGCAAAGUUUGCAAGAUGAAUGUACAUAGACGCUGUGAAACAAACGUAGCACCCAACUGUGGAGUAGAUGCUAGAGGGAUAGCUAAAGUACUUGCAGAUCUUGGUGUUACUCCAGAUAAGAUCACUAAUAGCGGACAAAGGAGGAAGAAGCUUGUUCCAGGUGCAGAAUCUCAACCGCCAGUUCCUGGAUCCUCACCAGGAGAAGAUGACAGAUCAAAGUCAGCACCAACUUCCCCAUGUGAUCAAGAAAUCAAGGAGCUUGAAAAUAACAUCAGGAAAGCAUUAUCAUUUGACAAUCGAGGAGAAGAACACAGGGGAACAGCAGCAACCUCAGCUGACAGCCAACUUAACCCACCUGGGGAGAAUGGAGAGAACGGAGAGGUCAAAGCUCAGACAAAGCGAAUGGGCCUGGAGGAGUUUAACUUCAUUAAAGUAUUAGGGAAAGGCAGCUUUGGAAAGGUCAUGCUGGCAGAACUCAAAGGUAAAGAUGAAGUAUAUGCUGUGAAAGUCUUAAAGAAAGAUGUCAUACUUCAAGAUGAUGAUGUUGACUGUACAAUGACAGAAAAACGGAUUCUGGCGUUAGCACGAAAGCAUCCUUAUUUAACACAGCUCUACUGCUGUUUCCAGACCAAGGACCGCCUAUUUUUCGUCAUGGAAUAUGUCAAUGGAGGAGACCUAAUGUUUCAGAUUCAACGUUCACGCAAAUUUGACGAGCCUCGCUCCCGCUUCUAUGCAUCAGAAGUCACAUCAGCACUCAUGUUUCUACAUCAGCAUGGCGUCAUCUACAGGGACCUGAAACUGGACAAUAUUCUUUUGGAUGCAGAAGGUCAUUGCAAACUGGCUGAUUUUGGAAUGUGUAAGGAAGGAAUCUUGAAUGGAGUAACGACUACUACCUUUUGUGGAACACCAGACUACAUAGCUCCAGAGAUCCUCCAGGAAUUAGAAUAUGGUCCUUCUGUAGACUGGUGGGCACUGGGGGUUCUCAUGUAUGAAAUGAUGGCCGGACAGCCUCCCUUUGAAGCUGAUAAUGAAGAUGACCUCUUUGAGUCUAUCCUGCAUGAUGAUGUGCUAUAUCCAGUAUGGCUUAGCAAAGAAGCUGUCAGCAUUUUGAAAGCUUUCAUGACAAAAAACCCAAAUAAGCGCCUGGGCUGUGUGGCAUCUCAGAAUGGUGAAGAUGCCAUUAAACAGCAUCCAUUCUUCAAAGAAAUUGACUGGGUUCUUCUAGAACAAAGGAAAAUCAAGCCACCCUUCAAACCUCGUAUUAAAACCAAAAGGGACGUAAAUAACUUCGAUCAAGACUUUACGCGAGAAGACCCAGUAUUAACAGCGGUGGAUGAGACCAUUAUAAAGCAAAUCAACCAAGAAGAAUUUAAAGGCUUCUCAUAUUUUGGAGAAGAGCUGCUGCCAUAAGAUAUUCCCCCACCCCCAAAUUGGAACCGCCAGAUCACGGAUGCUGCAAGUCGUGGCUCUGAAAAUUCCUCUAGCUGCACCGUCAAGGACUGCUUCUCUGACCAUGAGCCUAAACCCACUACCUUCUACUGUCUAUUUAUUGUUCUGUCUCUUUGGUCUGGAGGCACUCACCAUAGCUGUUUCACAAAGCAAUGCAAAGUAUUUUGUAUUAGAAAUUGUAAAGGUAACACAUUGCUGUUGUUUCUUGCUGCUGUUUCACUCAGUCUCUCUACUGCCCUUUCUCUUCAGACUUUCUUUUUAUUUCCAGGAAGGCUUU